GAUUGCCUCAACUCUUGUCCGUGAGUAUGGCUCACGAGAAAGAGAAGCUAGGGUUGAGGGUUGGUUCAUGAUAUAAGGGCAUCAUUGUUUGCUCAUUGAAACAUAUAUUCCCCCUUUCCAUUCUUUGAAGAGGGGCUCCAUUGGAACCUACGUAGUCUUUGUAUCAUGGCCAAGUUUGUUCUAGCAUUUAUCCUUCUCUUGAACUUGAGUACCUUGCUCAAUGUCCUUGCUUGUCCUUAUUGCCCUUACCCAAGUCCUAAGCCACCAAAACACCCUCCUAGAGUGAAACCACCGAUUCACAAACCACCCAAGCAGCAUCCUCCGUACGGCAAAUCGCCAUGUCCACCACCCAAGUCAUCACCAAAACCACCCUAUGUCCCCAAACCCCCAAUAGUUAAACCCCCCCAUGUACAUCCACCCUAUGUCCCAAAACCUCCUCACUAUCCUAAACCACCAGUGCAUCCACACCCACCUUAUGUCCCAAAACCACCAGUUGUUAAACCACCUCCUUAUGUCCCUAAACCACCAUAUGUGCCAAAACCACCAUAUGUGCCUAAGCCACCAGUGGUUACACCACCCUAUGUGCCUAAACCUCCUCAUGUGCCUAAACCACCAUAUGUGCCUAAACCACCAGUGGUUACACCACCUUAUAUCCCGAAACCACCUGUUGUGACACCACCAUAUGUGCCUAAACCACCAGUGGUUACACCACCCUAUGUGCCUAAACCACCAGUGGUGCCAGUUACACCACCGUAUGUGCCUAAACCACCAGUGGUGCCAGUUACACCACCGUAUGUGCCACAGCCACCAGUGGUGCCAGUGACACCACCGUAUGUGCCUAAACCACCAGUGGUGCCAGUUACACCACCUUAUGUGCCAAAGCCACCCAUUGUUUAUCCUCCAGUUGUGCCUGUGCCACCAGUGGUACCAUCACCACCCAUUGUGACACCGACACCGCCAGUGGUCACACCACCAAGUCCUCCAAGUGAAACGCCAUGUCCACCACCACCAGUGGUGCCAUACCCUCCACCAGCACAACCAACAUGCCCCAUUGACACUCUAAAGCUGGGAGCAUGUGUAGAUGUUCUUGGUGGCCUCGUACACAUUGGGAUUGGAGGCAGUGCUAAACAGACAUGUUGUCCUGUGCUUCAAGGGCUUUUGGACUUGGAUGCUGCAGUAUGCCUCUGCACUACCAUUAGGGCCAAACUUCUUAACAUCAACAUCGUCAUCCCCAUUGCUCUUCAGCUUCUUAUUGACUGUGGCAAGACUCCACCAGACGGAUUCAAGUGUGCACAAAGUUGAUAUAUUUAUUAAAAGCAGGAAUUGGAUAACUCAUCCAUGGAAUAAGUUAAUUGAGAAAAAUUGUCUUUCGUUUUCUCUUUCAUCAAGUUGUAUACCAAAGGCCUAGAACAUUAAUGUAGUAUGAGGAAAAUUGCGUUGAUGUUAUGGUGCAGACUGGAUAAUUUUCUGCUCUGCCUUGUUUACUUAUUUUUUCUGCUUUUAUUUGUCUAUUUGCUCUAUUGCGUGUAUGGUUCUGUGUGCAUGUCAGCGUGUGUAAGUUCACCCGUGAGUGCGUUGGAAAAUGUAUAAUUUAGUGAAUUUUUAGAUUUUCU